AUGUACAGCUACAUUGAAGUUGUCAAUGGAGAGGGAGGCUCUUUGCCUAAGAAUGGUGAACAUGGUGUCAUAACCACAGAGGACGAGCAAUAUUUAAUAGAGCCAUUAAAAAAUGUAUCCAGAAAUUUCAGUGAUGUCAACCACGAAGGACAACCACAUGUUAUUUAUAAAAAGACUUCCAUUCCUUCUCUGCAAGAGCCAAGCGAGGAGUUCAGCUGUGGUGUUUCAGACCUCACAAUAAACCGGACACCCAGCUACGAUACCAAUCCUGAAGCAAACCCACCUUACCUGGCCACGGACGGUGAUAGCUCGAUGGGUGGCCACCGUCAGCGGCGCUCUGUCAGCUCUGAACGAUUUGUGGAGACCCUAGUGGUGGCGGACAAAAUGAUGGUGGGUUACCACGGUCGCAAAGACAUCGAGCACUACAUCCUGUCCGUAAUGAAUAUUGUUGCCAAACUUUAUCAUGAUGCCAGUCUUGGAAACGUUGUGAACAUUAUUGUAACCCGACUGAUUGUUCUAACAGAAGAUCAGCUGCCACGGUAUGACAUCUGCACCUAUAAGAACAAACCCUGCGGUACUCUCGGUUUGGCAUCCGUAGCCGGAAUGUGUGAGCCAGAGAGGAGCUGUAGUAUUAAUGAAGAUAUAGGCCUUGGUUCAGCCUUCACUAUUGCACAUGAGAUCGGACACAAUUUUGGCAUGAACCAUGAUGGGAUCGGGAACUCCUGUGGGACCAAAGGUCACGAGACAGCCAAGCUGAUGGCGGCCCAUAUCACAGCCAACACCAACCCCUUCUCCUGGUCAGCCUGCAGCAAGGACUAUAUCACCAGCUUUUUGGACUCAGGUCGGGGAACGUGUCUGGACAAUGAGCCUCUGAAACGAGACUUCCUGUACCCCACUGUGGCUCCAGGGCAGGUGUACGAUGCAGAUGAGCAGUGUCGUUUCCAGUACGGCGCCUCCUCCCGUCAGUGCAAAUAUGGGGAAGUGUGUAGAGAGCUCUGGUGCCUUAGCAAAAGUAACCGCUGUGUCACCAACAGUAUCCCCGCUGCAGAAGGAACCCUGUGCCAGACCAGCACCAUUGAAAAGGGGUGGUGUUAUCAGGGUGAAUGUGUGGCGUUCGGGAUGUGGCCGCAGAGCGUGGACGGAAGCUGGGGACCUUGGACCACCUGGGGCGAGUGCAGUCGUACCUGCGGCGGCGGCGUCUCCUCAUCCAUGCGACACUGUGACAGCCCAGCACCGACAGGCGGAGGGAAGUACUGUCUCGGAGAGAGGAAACGCUAUAGAUCGUGUAACACUGACGCUUGUCCAGCAGGAUCACGUGACUUUAGGGAGAAGCAGUGUGCCGAUUUUGACAACAUGCCUUUCCGUGGGAAGUACUACAACUGGAAGCAGUACACUGGAGGUGGAGUGAAACCAUGUGCGUUGAACUGUCUGGCUGAGGGCUACAACUUCUACACCGAACGCUCGCCCGCUGUCAUCGACGGCACGCGCUGCCAGGCCGACUCGCUGGACAUAUGCAUCAAUGGAGAGUGCAAGCAUGUUGGCUGUGAUAGCAUCCUGGGCUCGGAUGCCAAGGAGGACAGAUGCCGUGUGUGCGGUGGGGACGGCAGUACGUGUGAGGUCACCGAAGGGCUGUUCAACGAUUCGCUGCCCAGAGGAGGUUAUAUGGAGGUUGUCCAGAUACCAAAAGGAUCGGUUCAUAUUGAAAUCAGAGAAGAGGCCGUGUCAAAGAACUACAUCGCUUUGAAAUCGGAGGGGGAUGACUAUUACAUCAACGGAGCCUGGACCAUCGACUGGCCCCGCAAAUUUGACAUUGCAGGAACAGCCUUCCACUACAAGAGGCCGACUGACGAACCCGAGUCGCUAGAAGCUCUAGGGGCCACCACUGAAAAUUUGGUGGUUAUGGUGCUACUACAAGAACAAAACCUGGGCAUCCACUACAAGUUCAAUGUGCCGAUCCAGCGUAUAGGAAGUGGGGACAAUGAAGUGGGCUUCUCCUGGCACCAUCUGCCCUGGUCUGAGUGCUCUAAAACAUGUGCAGGAGGCUCGCAGAAGCAGGAGGUGGUUUGUAAAAGACUGGACGACGGUUCGGUGGUCCAAAACAGCUACUGCGACCCGGACGGCAAACCGCCAGGGAACCAGCGACCUUGCAACACCGAGCCUUGUCCUCCGGAGUGGUUUAUCGGUGACUGGUCAGAAUGUGGGAAAACCUGUGACGGAGGCAUCCGAACACGCACUGUUUUGUGUAUCCGUAAAAUCGGACCCGCUGAGGAGGAGACCCUGGAGGACAGCCACUGUCUGACCCAUCGGCCAAUAGAACAAGAGUCCUGCAACAAUCAGUCUUGCCCACCCCAGUGGGUGACGCUGGACUGGUCUGAGUGCACCCCAAAGUGUGGCCCUGGCUUCAAGCACCGCAUUGUUCUGUGUAAAAGUAGCGACCUGACCAAAACCUUCCCAUCAGCCCUCUGUUCUGACCAAAACAAACCUCCAGUCCGUAUUCGCUGCAGCCUAGGACGCUGUCCGCCACCACGCUGGAUCCCUGGAGAAUGGGUACAGUGCUCUGCUCAGUGUGGACUAGGGCAGCAGAUGCGGAUGGUUCAGUGUCUGUCGUAUACAGGACAGCCCUCCACCGAAUGUCCAGAGUCACUACGGCCCAACACCAUGCAGCAGUGUGAAAGCAAGUGUGACGCUACACCCAUCUCCGGUGGUGACGGUAAGUCAGUCACCCUUCCUCUAAUCCCGUGA